AUGGCUACAAAACCUGUUUCUACCUCGUCUGGAGUUUCACGAGAUGUCACAGUGCAAACUAUACUCCUAUAUAUUCCCAACUUGAUUGGAUACUUGCGUAUCAUUACAGCAGUCAUUUCAUUCCUUCUCAUGCCAAGCCAUCCAGUGGCCACAUUAAUAUUUUACGGUAUUUCAGGGUUUUUGGAUGCAUUUGACGGAUAUGCCGCAAGGAAAUUCAACCAAGGAACAAGAUUUGGAGCAGUUUUAGAUAUGGUUACUGAUCGUUGUGCCACCACCAGUUUGAUUGUUUAUUUGGCUGUGUUAUACCCAAGAUACUUUGUCAUUUGGCAAUUGUUGGUCAGCUUGGACUUGGCAUCACAUUACAUUCACAUGUAUGCCAUGCUAUCAGCGGGGUCUACAUCUCACAAGAACGUUGAUGAAUCACAAUCUAGGUUGCUUUCAUUGUACUACACGAAUCGAAAGGUUUUAUUUAUCGUGUGUGCCGUGAACGAGUUCUUCUACGUUGCAGUUUACUUGCACUAUUACGGCUUUUUCUGGCUCGGUACUGUUACUGCAGUAUUGAGCGCUCCUAUUUGGUUUUUCAAACAGGUUGCCAAUGUUAUACAGUUGAAGAGUGCACUGCUUAUCCUUGCAAGGAUGGAUGCUGAAGAACAUAGCAAAAGGGAGUAA